UGCUGUCAGAGCGCGCGGCCCGGCCACGCUCCGGUAACUUUUCCCAGCACAGCUUCAACCAAAGUCUGAGCUCUACCCACCGGGCUCUGCUGCGCUCGGCGACCGCGGACGACUGUGGAGAAGUGUGGAGCAAGUUUUCCUUUUGAGUGGAUUUCACCCUGAGACUAUACGGCAGCUUUUGUGCCCCGUCUCUCUGCUGCCGUUCCUCUUCACCCCCCAUCUUCCUCGGAGGUCAGCCUGGAUGUUUCUGUGUGUUUGACUGAGAAGUUGUGUCCAACCAAGACGAGGUGAAUGUACAGCAUCAUGAUGGAAACGGACUUGCAUUCCCCCGUGGUGCCCCAGACCAACCCAUCCAACCCGGGGGGACACCCCGGAGGAGGAGGCGGGGGGGCCGGAGGCAAAGUGCCCCAGGAGAGAAUCAAGAGACCCAUGAACGCCUUCAUGGUGUGGUCCCGGGGCCAGCGGAGGAAAAUGGCACAGGAGAACCCCAAGAUGCACAACUCGGAGAUCAGCAAGCGGCUGGGCGCCGAGUGGAAGGUGAUGACCGAGGCGGAGAAGAGACCGUUCAUCGACGAGGCGAAGCGGCUCCGGGCCAUGCACAUGAAGGAACACCCGGACUACAAGUACCGCCCGCGGAGGAAGACCAAGACGCUGCUGAAGAAGGACAAGUACUCGCUGGCCGGCGGGCUCCUCGGCUCCUCCGCGGGCAUGGGCAUGGGCGGCGGGCAGCGGCUGGAGAGUCCCGGCGGGGGCCACGCGGGGGCCAAUGUGGGCUACGCCUCGCACGUGAACGGCUGGGCGAACGGCGCGUACUCGGGCCAGGUGGCGGCGGCGGCGGCGGCGGCGCACGCGAUGAUGCAGGAGGCGCAGCUGGCGUACACGCAACACCCGGGCACCGGGGCUCACCCGCACCACCCGCAUCCGCACCACCACCCGCACCACCACCACCACCACCACCCGCACAACCCGCAGCCCGUGCACAGGUACGACAUGAGCGCCUUAUCUUACAGCCCCAUCUCGAACUCUCAGAGCUACAUGAGCGCGUCUCCGCCGGGCUACGGCGGCAUCACCGGCUACACGCACCAGCACCAGAGCGUCUCCCCGGUGUCCGGGGCGAUCGGAGGGACACUGGGCUCCCUGGUGAAACCUGAGCCGAGUGCCAGUCCCCCGGUGUCCACCGCGCGCGCGCCGCCGCCGCCGCCGCCGCCGCCGUGCCCCACCGGGGACCUGCGGGACAUGAUCAGCAUGUACCUGCCGACCGGCGAGGCGGCGGGGGACUCGUCGGUCCAGGGCAGACUGCACGUGCUCCACCCGCAGCACUACCAGAGCAGCGGCUCCACUCCGGUCAACGGGACGGUGCCUCUGACUCAUAUCUGAAUCUCUACACGUACACGUACACGCACUACAAACCACAACCAAAUAUUUAAACUCUAGAUGUGGGCGCGGGCUGCUGUUGAAGUGUAAAUUAUAGGCGGUUAUAGCCAUACAAAUGCAAACACUUUGAACUGAACAAACUUUUUAUUUUUAUUAUUGUUAUUAUUUUUUAAUUUUUCUUUAAGUGAUGGAUUUUUUUUUUUCUUUGUCAGUCCGAGCUAAAGGAAAGCGCCUCUCGUUCACUUCUGCUCUCUGGAACAGAGCAUGCCAACUUCUGACACGAUUUAAAUUAUUUAUUCCCCCGACAUUUCUGUGGAAUUAAAGGCAGCAGCUGUGUGUGUGUGCGCGCGUGUGUGUGAGAGAGAGAGAGAGAGAGGGAGAGAGAGAGAGAGGGAGAGAGAGAGAGAGAGAGAGAGAGAGAGAGAUCCUGAAAAGGGGUUAAAAGACGGAACCCUAAUAAACGUUUGCGCAGGAUGUGUUUGAAAAAAAAGGAAACGUUUCUUGGCUGCAGUUUCAAUUGAUUUCCAGUUUUAAUGCUUGUGAACAUGUGAGUCAAUCGGUGUAAUUUGACAUUUGUUUUUUGUUGUUGUAAAACCUUGUAAAUUGUGAAUAAAUAGGCCUACUUACUGAAAACGCCUUUAUGGAACUGUCUACAUGAUUGACAAAACACCAGGUCCCCCUUUUCGUUUCCAAGACGAAACGACAAUAAUUCCACUGUGGAGAAAGUGUUAGAUUUGUUCGUGGGCUGUUCAUUUUUGCAGGGGCAUUUAAACCUCCAAUAUUUGCUGUCCAUUUACAUUUAUUCAAUUAAGUAUAUUAUUUUUUAUUUAAUAUUUAAAAAAAACUCUUGUAUCCUCAAGUCUCAUCACGUGUCGGCCACACUGUCAAAAAUACAAAUGACAACAAAAUAAUAAGAAUAACAACAUUACAGACGGACGUGUUGUGUGAUGUUUUUUUUCUUUUUCUUGAUUCAUUAUUUCACUUAUAAUUGAAAAUAAUGCAAACAUGAUCAUAUUUUACUUUUCUUUCUGAUUUUUUCGAGAAGAAUCAAUUAAAAUCAGCCACAUUUUUAAGGUGGCAUAAAGCUUGAUGAAUCACAUUUCAUGUUGGACACCAUCCUGUGUAAUGUGCCAUAUUAAAAUGAUGGAGAUAUCAUCUUUUCAUGGGAAAACAAGGCUGCAUUUUUCUCCUGACAUUACUUUUUUUGUUCACACUUAUUCAUAUGACAUCCUGUAAGUUAAAGGUUGCAGAAAACACGUGUUGUUUGAGGGUUUUAUUUCCAGGGAGAAAAUAUUAGUCUAAUAUCUCUUAAUGUUCAAUUUAUCGACCUUUUCUUAAUUUGAAAUUCAACCACCGUUUCUAUAAAUCUUAUUCUUCACUGUCAAUGUUUUAUUUAUAAUGUUAAA